AUGCAGGUUGGUGUUUUCUGCCCAAUUAAAAUUUUUUUCGCUAUUGAAUUUUUAUUGAGUUCGUAAAAAUAGUAAAUUUUGAAUUCCAAACAUCUUUUUUCUCCAAAAAAAAAAAGGAAACGAAUUUUAAUUAGAAUUUCUUUACUCUAAAACUUUUUUUUUUCCAAAAAAAGUAUACAUAUUUUUCAUCUGACACAUGAACUUUUUCCUGCCUGUUCACUAAAAACAGAGAAAGAACCUGAUUUUUCAUCUCGCGUUUUUCACACAAAAAUGUCAGGUCAAAGACGAGCUGCGCACGCUCGACUUUUUUUUGAAUAAAUACAAAUAGACGCCGUUUUUGUAUUUAUAUUAUAUUAUUAUUAUUAUACUUUUUUUAUUGUUGUUCGAAUGUUUUUUUUUUGGCUAAAAAUAGAGAAGUUUUGUAUAGGCUAGAAUUGUUUCGUUCUAUUUUGAACUACAUGAAUUCAGAAAAUCCCAAGUAAUCUUUUUAAAGUCACCUAAAAAUAGCUUGUUUUCUCAAAAAAAAAAUUUUCGAGAAAAUUUGAUUUGAUUUUUUUUUUUUUUUUGAAAAUGUUUGGUGCACUAGACAAGUUGAGAUGUCUGAAUUUUGAAUAUUUUUGAUUUGAGAGGAAAGUUAGAACAAAUAAAUAGCUGAAAGUUAAUGUUGAUUAUUGAAAGUAAAAUUUUCUGAAUUUUUGAUAUAAAAAUUUGAAUGCUUAGAAAUCUGAGAGUUUUUCUUCACAUAUAAAUUUUGUGGUUAUAAAUCUUGUUCAAUUUUCAACAAAAACGUUAUUUCUUGCAGCAGAAAAAUUGAUCGGUCAAAUUUUUCUGAUCCAAAGAUUUUCUCUAGCAAACUUUUAGAAAAAAUCUCUGAUUUCUGGAAAAGCUGAAAUCAAGUUUGAAUUUUAUUUGGAAUCCUAAUGUUUUCUGAAAUGUUGAAUAUUUUUUUUGUUUUCCAAAAUCUUUCCAAAAACAUAAUUUCUCCCAAAUCCCAUGACAAAUUUUCGUAGCCAAAAAUACAUGUUUUCUAAUUUUCAAUAAUUCAUAGAAAAUUAUUUUUCGCUUAGAAUUUUCCAUUAUUCUCUCGAAAAAUUAUUCAUUUCCCGGUUCCCACCAAAUUUUUUAGUCAUUUCUUUCUUUUUCCAAAAUUUUCAUAUUAUUUUUUGUGUAAUGAAAUUUGAGAUUCAUUAUUUUUUCCAAAAAAAACUGAAAUAUCUUGCAUAUCAAAAAAUGUGCAUUUUGAAUGCGGACGGAUCUGUUUGUUUUUUCCGGUCUCACAUCAUUCUGUUUAAUAUUUGUUCUCUGCUUCUUUUUGAAAAAAAAAAUAUUUUAUUGAUUUGACAACAAAUUCUCCCAUGUUUUCCAAAAAAAAACCCCGAUUCUAUAGGUAAUUCGAAUACACUGGAAACCGGUGAUAUUUUUGGCGAUGGGUUUGGCGGUGAUACUUGGUGUUUUGAUAUGUACAACAAGUGCUUGGGGACAAUGGCGAACAAAUCAACGACAACAUCAGCUAUCGAUUUUGCCGGAUUCGUCGACGUUGAGAUUGUGUCGAGAUUUUACGAAUCAGACGAGGUUUAAAGAGAUUUUGAAGCCGUUGAUGGUGCCAAGAAUUGUUGAUACACCACAGCAUAAAAUUGUGGGAAAUGUGAGUUUUUUGAGGGUAGCCAGAUCUGAUUAUUAUAAAUGUUCAGACCUAAUUCAAUUCUGAUUAUUUGAAUAAAUUUUUCUCAUUGAAAUGGACGCUUACCUUAUUUUUUGCAUUUUUAGAGGUUUUAUUUUUUGUCGGAAUUUUAGCUCUCAAAAAAAUUUGAAAUGAAAAAUAACCCUCAAAAGAUACCAUUUAAAAAAUCUUUUUUUUCACGUGCUUUCAUUUUAUAGAAAUUCCCACAACCUUUAUUUUUUUUUGUAGUACAUCGAGUCAUUUUUGGCGAACCUCGGAUUCUCCACUGAAUGGGAUACAUUCCAAGAUUCAACUCCACUCGGAACUCGCAAUUUUCGAAAUCUCAUCGCAACUUUUGAUGAAUCUGCUCCUCGUCGAUUUGUUCUUGCCUGUCAUUAUGAUUCAAAAAUUAUACCAGGCCAAGUUAUGAUUGCAGCAACAGAUUCAGCAGUUCCUUGUGCAAUGAUGAUGGAUAUUGCACAAACACUUGCACCAUAUAUGUAUAAAAGAGUUGCACAAAAUAUUGGUUUUCAAUUAAUUUUCUUUGAUGGUGAAGAAGCUUUUCGUGAAUGGACAUCAACUGAUUCAUUAUACGGAAGUCGACAUUUGGCACAAAAAUGGGAACAAAAAUGGUAUCCAUCGAGUAGCUCAUUUAAUAAUUUCGAGUUGAGCAAAGAAAUUGAUCGAAUUGAUGUUUUGACACUUUUGGAUCUUCUUGGCGCUUCAAAUCCACAAAUUGGAAAUACUGUUGGAAUGGGUGCCACUGAACUUUUUGGACAAUUGGCUGAUGUUGGUGAGUAUUUGUUUUCCCUUAGAAAAGUUUUGUCUUGAAAUAAAUCAUGAAAAGGUCACGCUUUUCUUGAUUUCUUUUUCUCAUUUCCUGUUAUACCGGAAACUUUUUAGUUUUAUGUUCAUGCUAAUUUAGAAAAGAAAAACAAUUAUCUUUUAAGACGGCGGGAAAAAAGAAUUACUUAUGCUAAUCUUGGAAAAAUUGUUUUUUUUGAAAUCGGAAAGAAAAAAAUAAUUUGAGGUCAAAGUCGGCCGAAUGUUCUGGUUUUUAUAUUAGAACUUUAUUUGUAAGUUCUGAAAUCUGUUCAAAAACUCAAACCCCACAUUUUCUCAAAAAUCACAAACCAAAAAUUAGUCAAAACAAAAACAAGCUUCAUUUAUUUUCAGAAUCUCAACUUCGCUCAAAUGGCUGUCUCAAAUCGCUGAACCGCAAUAUUUUCAAUAAACAAUUGUCUUUCAAUCAAGUGGAAGAUGAUCAUGUUCCAUUUUUGAAAAGAGGUAGUUUCUUUUCUGGAUUUAUCCAUAUUCAAUUUUCUUAACUUCAAAUUUCUUCAGGUGUCCCGAUCCUUCACUUGAUCACAGUUCCAUUUCCACAAGUCUGGCAUCGACCAUCAGAUAAUGCAAAUGCGCUCCAUUGGCCAACCAUUGAUCAUUUGACAUCGAUUGUUCGAGUGUUCACAGCAAAAUAUUUGGGAAUCGCUCCAGCAUAA